GCAUUAUGACAGACAGCAUUAUGAGUAAAGCUGCCACAAUGGAGAUUCCUAUCAACAGUAAUGGCGACACAGGGACGCUAGCAGAAGACGACAGCCUUGAACAGGCUGCAAAGCUGCAGUGGAGCUUAGAUGAGAAGGUAGGGAGCUCCAGAGGCACCAGGGACCUACAGCAGGUGAUGGUAUCGGGUCCCAAUCUGAACGAGACCAGCAUUGUAUCUGGGGGGUAUGGAGGAACAGCAGAAGGUAUCAUCCCCACCAGCUCAAUCAAAGGUUCCAACAUGCACCACAGCAGCAGCAGCUCAUCAAUGACGGCAGAGGAAACAACCCGAGGAGUGGCUGUGGAGAAAAUAGAAACGGUGAAGAAGUGGGGCCUCAACACUUACAAGUGUACAAAGCAAAUGAUCUCAGAGCGUUUCGGUCGGGGGUCCAGGACUGUGGACUUGGAGCUUGAGGCCCAGAUUGAGGUGCUGAGAGACACGAAACGGAAAUAUGAGAAUGUGCUGCGAUUGGCCAGAGCACUGACCAACCACUUCUACAACAUGGUGCAGACACAGCACGCACUGGGUGACACCUUUGCUGACCUCAGCCAGAAAUCCCCAGAGCUAAGGGAUGAGUUUGGCUACAAUGCAGAGACUCAGAAGUUGCUGUGUAAGAAUGGAGAAACUCUGCUUGGUGCCAUUAACUUCUUUGUGUCCAGCAUCAACACACUGGUCAACAAGACCAUGGAGGACACCCUGAUGACCAUCAAGAUGUAUGAAAAUGCCAGAUUGGAGUUUGAUGCCUACAGGUCAGACUUAGAGGAGCUGAGUUUGGGUCCAAGAGAUGCUGUAGCCGUAGCCCGCAUAGAUGCUGCUCAACAACAGUUCCAAGUCCAAAAGGACAAGUACGAACGCCUCCGCUCAGACGUCACCAUUAAACUCAAGUUCUUGGAGGAGAAUAAGGUGAAGGUGAUGCAUAAGCAGCUCCUCCUCUUCCAUAAUGCUAUCUCGGCGUACUUUGCUGGCAACCAGCAGCAGCUGGAGCAGACGCUGAAGCAGUUCAACAUAAAGUUGAGGCCUCCAGGGGCCGACAAGCCCUCUUGGUUAGAGGAGCAGUGAGAGCGCCUGCUGGACCUCCUGCAGUCCUCUUUUCGACCACCUCCACCUGUUACCUGUUGAAACCCCCAACUUACAGAGGACCACUACAGAGGGAAAUGUAUUGAUCAUUGGAUGGAAAAAGAUAUGAGAUGAGGGUGUGACUUGAUUAUUGAACAGAUGAAUUGCAGGGUAUUAUUGAUGAAUGGGCCAAAUGCUGAACAAAAACAAGUGGCCAGUUUCAUGAACAGUCAGGGGGCUUUUAGUGCCUCUCCUACCAACUUCCUUUUUUUUCACUCUAAUCCUAUUUGUGCUUUGUUCCCAGAGAAACUUUCUCCUAUAUGACUUGACCCCUUCUAUCUCAACACUAUGUUGCUGUGUGAGCUUGUGUUAGUCAUGUUUACGGCCAUUAUUGUACUCCUCAAGUGCUCCCAGUGCUCUGAGUUCAACUUCAACCCCACAUCUUAGUAACAGAGACAGGUGACGACAGGCAAAAUGGUAAGAACCAUUUCACACAUUGAGAUGUAACCAAACACUACGUUGAAACUCUUCCAGACCUUAUCACUCCUGGUGUGCCUCCUUAUAAAUAAGAUAAUUUAAUGUACUAAAUGAACAUGUGGCCUGGAGGAAUAAAGAUAAGUUCUGAAAAAGAUUUCAAACAUAUGAAGGAGAUUUGUAUGGUACACUGGAAAGGAAUGUCCAGACAUUUCAAAUCAAUGUACAUUUAAAAUUAAGUACUGUUUAAUGUUUGAAAUUAUGAUUGUUUUGUAGUUUAUAAAAAACACAUUGUUGUGUUUAGUUUAACUUCUCCUUAAUUUGAUUGUCAUCUCUUUAUUUCCUCAUUAUUUCUGUUCUAGUCAGCUGUAUGUCCUCUGCUUCACAGCAAUGGACAGAAUACUGUUGGGGUGAUGUGUUUUUAGACUGCAAAUUCUGCAGUGCUUAGUCUGUAAUAAUCCUGAAAAUUCUUAACUUAAACUGGUAUAUGCAGUGAUCAUUGAACAAACAGUGCCACAGCUUCCCAAAGUUAUACUGGUUUUGGGUAUUUUACUGAUUUUGUUUAAUUUACCCAAAGAGGAUUGAGAGAAACGUUUGUUGGAUUAUGACCUACCUAUAUUGGAGUGUGACCUACUGUACCAGUCAAACAUAUUGGACACAUCUCCUCAUCCACUUGAGUGAAAAAGUGUGUCCAAACUCAAACUCAGUUGUGAUCAGACAGACUUGAAUGGAUUCACUCCAUUUAACUGUUUUAAUGACUAUUUAAAAUAGAUGAUUUUCUUUUUUGUUUGUUUUUGGUAGAAGGACAGACAUAACAGUGAUGCAUUGUUGAAAUAUGUUUUUUGUUUGAUAUUAAGACCUUCUAGGAUCAUUUAUUUCAGUUUUUACUCAACCAUUAUAUAUUUGCAGAUGUUUACCUUUCUUCACACUGAAGAUUAGCUAUCUAACACGACUAAUUCUAAUGUUUCAUCAUCAGUUCUUGUAAUUUAGUAGAUGGUGUUUUGAGUAACACUAAUGAUUUCAUCAUUUGUUUUUAUUUCUUUUAAGUGAAACAUUGUCUGGAUGUAAUGAAAGGAAACAAUCAUCAAUUGUUGACAAUUAUGACAAGAUAAGACAUAGGUAUGGUACUAAAUACGUAAUGUGUUUUCUUAUGCAUCACUGUAUUUAUUAUGUUCAUCUUAUGUGUUGGAAUCAGCAUGUUGUACACUGAAACCUCUGGUUUGUCCAAAUGACCUAGUUUAUGAGUAUGGCAUUAAUGACAUUUUGCAGAUGACAACACUACACACUAUCAUGAAAUGAUGCCUCCGGCUAACCAAAUCUGUAAUAGAUACUUUCCAAAUGUCAGUUGAUUGAGACUGGUUUUGUGUCCCAGUGUCAAACUGCUGUGAAGGCAAAUGAAGGUAGUCCAGUGUAAACAUUGUCAUGUUUUACCAUGUUGCAUUUAACUCAUAAGAGUCUCUAGUAACACAAGGGAGUGCUCUAUGAAAUCUUCCAUCAGUUAAUCUGUUAGUCCUCCAGCUUCAUGUCUCCUCUGUAUUUGCAUGGCAGGCAGUGAUCCCGAGUGUAGGUGCAGAUAUAUGUGAACGCACUGAAGCUCUACUCUCGGCCUUCUGUGCACCAGCUCACAUUGACUUGCAUAGUGCCGUGCUCGCUGUUGUUAUUUUCAAUCAUGAAACUGGCUGAAGCAGAAUCCAAAAAUGUGGGUUUACAUUUAAAGCUGCACUCUUAAGAGCAAUUAUGUGAGGAAGUGGAUUUAAUUUGUGCGACUCAGUAAGACCUUGGCCUCACUCGCGGCUAAAAUUUGCAAUCUCUCUGGUAAGCUCCUGGUCUGUUUGACCACCACACAGCAAUAUUAAUAAAAUGUGACUCCCUCUUCCAAACCUGCGCCUUUUCAGUUCCUUACCCCAAAACCAAAAUGAAUGGCAAUAGGAUUUUUCUUUUUGGCUCCGUAGUCGUAAAUCCUCCUGUAAAUUGAAAAGAUGUGACGAGCAUUCUAAGUCACUCUGACUGGCAGUCUUUAGAUUGCUGCCGAGAGAGAACCAAGAUUUAUAAGAUAGAUAUUUUAUUUGUGUACAAUCAAUGUUUUCUAGGCUGAGCUGGUGUGUUGUACUGUAUGAAUGUUUGCACAUAACGGUAUUUAAGAUGAUAAAUGAAGUCUUGUCUUGGAUUGAUGUGAUUCUCUGCCUUCAUUCCUCACUCAGACCUGAAAACUCGCACCCCACCCCAAGGGAGCAA